AUGGGGUAUAGUGCAGAAGAAUGGGCAUUUAAUUAUGCUGUUCAAAAUGGUCAUCUUGAAGUAGUAAAAUAUUUAUAUGAAUUAGGGUAUAGAGGUACAGAAUUUGCAAUUUAUUAUGCUGUACAAAAAGAUCACCUUGAAGUUGUAAAGUAUUUAAUUAAAAAAGGGUAUAGAGGAGCAGAAGAUUCAAUUGAUUUCGCUGCAGAAAUGGGUCGUCUUGAAGUAAUAAAAUAUUUACAUUCGUUAGGAUAUAAAGGGUAUAGAGGAACAGAAAAAGCAAUUAAAUACGUUGCAAUGAAUGGUCACCUUGAAAUAUUAAAAUAUUUAAUUGAAAAAGGGUAUGAACACUUUCAUGUUGCAAUUGAUUAUGCUGCAGGAAAUGCAAUUAUUCGCGCUAUAGAAAAUGGUAACCUUGAACAAGUAAAAUAUUUGCAUAAAUUAAAGUAUUAUUAUGAAGAAUUAGCAAUUAAUUAUGCUACUGAAAAUUAUGACUUUGAAUUAGAGCAACAAUUAUAUAAAUUUAAGUAUAAAUAUGAAAAAUGUGCAAUUAGUUCUGCUGCUAUAAACGGGUAUGAAUGUUAUGAUUGGACAAUUGAUUGUGUUGCUAAAAAUGGUCACCUUGAAAUAUUAAAAUAUUUACAUGAAUUAGGAUAUAAAGGGUAUAAAGGAACAAAAGAUGCAAUAGAUAAAGCUGCUGAAAAUGGUCACCUUGAAAUGUUAAAAUAUUUACAUUCUAUUGGAUAUAAAUAA